GGCAUGAUCACAGAAGAAGCACUUCCUACUUACCAAACAAUGCUAAAUACCAUAGAUGGUACUAGGGACGAAACGGGGGCGAGCCUCACUUCUUGGGCAGUGUGGACUAGGGGAUGGACUGCAGAAGAAAACAGGCAUGGCGAUCUUCUCAAUAAGUACCUCUACCUGUGUGGACGAGUAGACAUGAGGCAAAUUGAGAAGACAAUUCAGUAUCUGAUUGGGUCGGGAAUGGAUCCAGGAUUCGAAAACAGUCCCUACCUCUGUUUCAUCUACACGUCAUUCCAAGAACGAGCAACUUUUAUCUCUCACGGGAACACAGCACGGCAUGCCAAAGAGUACGGGGACUCGAAGUUGGCUCAAAUUUGCGGGAGCAUUGCCUCUGAUGAGAAGCGCCACGAGACCGCUUACACCAAGAUAGUCGAAAAGCUCUUUGAGAUCGACCCUGAUGCAACCGUGCUGGCUCUGGCCGACAUGAUAAGGAAGAAAAUAACUAUGCCAGCCCACUUGAUGUACGAUGGUCGCGAUGACAAUCUGUUUGACCAUUUCUCGUCCGUGGCUCAGAAGCUUGGAGUCUACACCGCCAAGGACUACGCGGAUAUAUUGGAGUUUCUGGUUUGGAGGUGGAAGGUGGAGGACAUAACUGGGCUUUCUUCGGAGGGACGAAAAGCCCAGGAUUAUGUUUGCGGGUUGCCUCAGAGAAUUAGGCGGCUGGCUCCAGUCAGGGCAAAAGAAGCACGGUAUGUUCCGUUUAGCUGGAUCUUCGAUAAAGAAGUGAAGAUCUGAGGGCCUACUGCAACUCUCUUGCCACAAAAAUAAAACAGAAAUUGAAAUAAUAGAAGAGGUGAAAUUUUGAAGUUUUGUGAUGUACACGUUUUAGUGU